UAAGUUGGUACUGUUGGUGUCAGUGGCCAGACGACAGCAAAUAAAAAGGGUCAAAAGUUUUAUGUGCACAUAAAAAAGUUUUCUAACAAUCCACAUCAGUGUUUUAAUACUAUCGGCGACUGUGUCCCGUUGAGAUAAUAAUUUAGCUAAUACAAGUGAAAAGAGAAAAGAAAAAACAACAAUGAGAGGUGGACGGUCUUUUUCUGGCCGUGGUGGCCGAGGUGGAUCCUCAUACCGAGGAAACUCAAAUUCCCAUUAUCACACCAAUUCAAGUUACAAUAGCAGCCGUGGAGGGUAUGAUAGUAAUCAUAGUAAUGGUGGACGAUAUAGAGGCGGUGGAAGUGGAUAUAGUGGCAGAGAAAGUUACGAACAAUCUUUCGAAUCGAGAAGCGGUUCCGGUCGAUACGAAGGACACAGUAACUCUCAUAGAUAUCCCGCCGAACGAUCCAAUGACUUUCAUAAACGUCAAUUUCAUCAGUCAUCAAGGGAUCGCUCUCUCGAUCGGAAACGGCCGCGAUACACUGAGAGCUCAAGACGAAGCCUUGAAUAUGGCGGCAAUUCAGCAAGUGAUUAUGGCAGCAAUCGGUACAGUGACAAUAGUAGUUCCUAUCGUCGUCCAUCGUAUGAACCAUCUUCGCGCAGUGCUGAGCGCCCAGCAACAUUUCGUCCACGUGAAGUGUCCUCUCAGCGUUCAAGAGAACGAAUGGCACCACCCAAAAGUUUGCCACCUAGACGACAAAGAGGUACAACCACAUAUCGUGGACGAAGUAGCGUUUUGCGUGGUAUACGUCGUCCGCAACCGCCGACGCAGACAGUUGCUUUGCGAAAAAAAUAUUUAUCGUUGAAAUCACGUACGGAAACAGCAAGACGAGUAAAGAUCGCUCGGCUGAGGAGCACGUUAUUGAAGAAGAAUAAUACGGCUGGCAAAAAAGGCACUGCAGAUGAGCCCGAAGAUGAGGAUUCCAAAGCCGAUGGCAACAAGGAAAAGGCUGACGAUGAAGCGGAAACCAAUACCGAAGCAACAGCAAAGAAAUCAACCAAACCAGCUGAUAAAACUGCUGAAGCUAAUGAGACUGGCACUGAUGUAAGUGUCAAAGAUGAAUCAGAUGCUGACGAAAAUAUCGACGAAGAGAAAAAAAGCGAAGUCGACAGUAAACCUAAAACCUCGUACAAAUCACUGCAAAAAUCUUACAUCAAAUUGGUGUGCAUUCAUUGCAAUGUUAAAUGCGUAACGUUCAAGGAAUAUCAACAUCAUUUGUAUAGUCGUCAGCAUAAAUUGUCUUUGAAACGAUUAUCUUUGCGGCAAAAAGCCCAGUUGGCACGCAUGAGAUUGGCGCAACGGAAUACUCAGCGUGAAAUCGAAGAAUCCGCUAAAGACACUGAGGAUUUGAAUUCUCAAUUUUGUUUGUUGUGCCGCCUCAACUAUCGGUCCGAAAAAGCUGAACAUCAGGCUUCCGAGGCACAUCGAAAAAUGAAGAAAUUUUUGAUGCCGUAUUGCACGGUUUGUCGUAUCGGCUUUAAGAGUCCAAUGGAAUUUGAAACGCAUAAUUGUACCAUUGAACACAUCAAGCGCAAAGCACGUCAAGGAAACGAUUCAACAGCAGCUAGUGAAAAUGAAUGCGAGGUCGAUUUGGAGCAAUUCAUGACUGUCGAUUCGAUUGGCGAUGUUGACGAUCAAAAUGAGAACGAGGAAGACCUGUUGGAAAAGAAAGAAGAAAAUAGUGCAACUGAGGACAUUAAACCGAAAACUGAAAUCAAUGUUGGCAAUGAACACGUAAAGAAAGUGGAAGUCUACUAUUGUGAACUGUGCCGAUAUUAUUUGCCACUAACUGAUGACCAGACAACUGCCCUAUCGAAACAUUGCGGUAGCAGAAGUCAUUUGCGGUCAUAUCUACGGUACAAAGAAAAUCAGAAUCUAAGGUUGGCGGCGGAAAAAAUUCACCGGCGACAGGAACGACAAGAACGGGAGGCGAAAAAGGAAAAGGCGGCAGCUAAGGCAGCCAAAGCUGAGGUGAAGAAUGAACCCAACGAUUCUAUCAAAGAAACCAACGAUGAUGAAAUUGACGACAACGUUGAAGACAAAAUCUGGGCGGAUGUAGAUAAAGACUUAGGCGAAUUACUGCAAGAAGUCGGCAACAUCGAAGAGAAUGACAAUGAAGAUGAAGAUUCAACAGCGACUGAAAGGUACGACAGGUUCAAAAAUAGUGUGAGCGACACGUCAGAUGCGGCAAAAGUCGACGGCAUCGAAGAAACCGAAAAAUCGACAGCUGAUAAUUCCGAAGUUGUAGCCAACACAGCGAACGGAAACAGUGAUAAGUAACUUCACUGAACCAAUAUGCAGGCACUUUCUUUUACACAAUAAAUAUGUUUAAUGUUUAUAAUUAAAUCAUGUCUCGCGUGUCCCAAUGCGAGCGUAACUAAUAAAAUGCAUUAAAGUAGAA